UAAAUGAGCGUAGUAGUACGUCCGUUAGCAUUAGCAAGCAUUGCCAUGCUGCUAGUUGACGUCAAAACAUCAAGCUGUUGUCAAAUGCAGGCAGGCCUUCUUAUCAAUACUUUUAAAGGAAGAUCAUAUGGGGAUUUUCCAAAGUUAAAGAUAAAAAAGUAAGAGUAUGAGACGAGACUUCAGCAAGUAUGAUCCUCACACAUAUUGUCCAUUUUUUCAACAAUUAGCAAGAACUACAGAAAUAGUUUUACAGCAUAUUUUUUGCCAUGGUGCAAUUGGCUUGUUUUAUGGGCAUACAGUAAGCCAGCCCUCAUCCUGCCGGAGAUACUGUUGGGCCAGUGAUUAGCUCUCUUGUAAUUGCUGCCCCUAUAAAAACAAUUAACUUGGCCUAUAAAUGCCACAAGAUUGCAGCAGAGCAAUACUUUUGUCUAAAUGCAGCUGCUCAACUCAUGAAAACUCAUUUCAACAUAGUUCCUUGGCACCAAGAUGGCACAAGAUGGUCACAAAGCAAUACUUUAUUUCAAAUUAAGCUCCACAAUUCACUUCAAAAUAGUUCCUUGGCACCAGGAUGCAGCGAGAUAGUGCAAAAUACUACGUUUGUCUAAAUGGAACUCCUCAACUCACUUCAACAUGGUUCCUUGGUGCAAAAGGUCCUACAAGAUGGUGGCAAAAUAUUUAGGUUUAAAUGACGCUCCACAACUCAUUUCAACAUAGUUCUUUGGCAUCAAGAUGCCACAAGACAGUAGCAAAGAAGUACUUUUGUCAAAAUUAAGCUCCUCACUCCUCUUCAACAUAGUUCCUUGGCACCAAGAUGACAAAGUAAUACUUUUAUGGCUUUGCCCUAAGCUCAAAAGCUCCAAAAGAGUGAAUAAUGGAAGACAGGGUUUCCCCCAAAUUUGUGGAGACAGCUUGAGUGGAAGUGAUCUGACCAAGUAGCUGUCAAGAUGUCAGAUGUCAAUGUGUGUCUGUCUGGAGACUCUUCCUCAUUGGGAGCAAAGACGCCAAACAGGAUGCUUCUGAACAAUACGCAACAACAUAAUGUGGCGCAUCAAUUCAAAAAACGCAAACGCAAAAGGAAGAAGUUCACGCAGACGUCAGAGCAAAGCGUCACGUCCACGCAGCACCCAUCUUUUCACGUUUCCACAGCAAACCAAGUCUUACCUCACGCAGGGAGCGCCAAGACGCCUUCAUCUUCCUCACACCAGCAGCCUUCUUUGACCGCAUCGCAUGCCGACACCAAAGCAUCAAAACAAAACUCUAAACCAAUCCCGAUCGCCAGGUGCCAGUCGUUGGGCGUCCCCAGCAAGUACCUCGCCAUGGAUUGUGAGAUGGUGGGCACGGGCCCCAAGGGAAGCGUCAGCCAGCUGGGUCGCUGCAGCAUUGUGUCGUACGAGGGCGACGUGGUGUACGACAAGUUCAUUCACCCCUCAGUCCCCGUUACCAACUACCGCACGCGUUGGAGCGGCAUCCGCGCCUGCGACCUCAGGAAGGCCACGCCCUACUGCCAGGCCAGGAAGGAGAUCCUGAAGCUCCUGGCCGGUAAGGUGGUGAUCGGUCACGCCGUCCACAACGACUUCCAGGUGCUGCAGUACUCCCACCCGGCCGCCCUGACCCGGGACACGUCGCGCAUCCCGCUGCUCAACCGGCGGGCCGGCUUUGAGGAGAAGGGAUGCGCCUCGCUCAAGAGGCUCACAAAGGCAAUCUUCAAUCAGGACAUCCAGACGGGGCGCGGCGGCCACUCGUCGGUGGAAGAUGCCCGUGCUACCAUGGAGCUCUACAAGCUGGUGGAGGAUGAGUGGGAGAAGAAGUUGGCGUCAGGAAAGCCAGUCGGCAGUAGUAGUAGCAGCGUAUUGGCUCAUUCCACAGGCUCCACCCACUCACUUCCUGCAUUAACCACUGCCGCCAGUUCGACCGAACGUGAUCAAUAAGUGUAUCUUUGUGUGAAUUCACUAGGAGGGCACUGGUGCCUUGCUUCCGGCAGCAUUUUUGGAAAAACAAACAAACACGCAGGAAAAAAAAAAAAAAAUCCUUAUUUUAUUUUUUAAUUAAUGAGAACAAAUGUGUGACUGAGCACCUACAGAUGCAUUUUUCAGACUGCUUAUGACCUCUAUUUUAUUUUUAUAUCCCCCUAAAAUCUGUUUGUAUCCAUGUUUUUAUGUUCUUUUAACUUAUGUUUUAAUGGUUCUCGAUUCUCUCAUUAAUGUACAUUUGAUAUAGAACGGAAAACUGUUUAAAGUACCAGGUUUUUGUCCUGUAAAAAAAAAAACUGAUAAGUCAUUUCAAAAUAAUGUGAAUUAUCCUGAAUAUAAUUAAAUAUAAAAAUAAACUGAUAUGAUAGGGGGGGGGGGAAAAACAAAAAAUUGACAUUUAAGACUAAAACUAAUACAGCAGAACAAAAUUUUCCUAUUGAAAGUCAUGCAAAGUGAUUUUUUUUUACUAUUUGCACAGGGUGCUUUUUAGUCAUUUUAAAAUUCUUACUUGUACAAGUAAAAAGAGAAGCUAACCACUGUAAAAUACAACAAAAUAAAACUAUAUAUAGAAAAAUACAUUUGUUUUAAAAACAAAAAUGUACAUUUAAGCCAAAAACUAAUACAGCGGAACCCAUUUUCCUCCAUAGGAAUUCAUGUAAAUGAAGUGAACCACUGUAUGAUAAGACUAAAUAAAAGUAAAAUUACUCAUUCUUUUAGUAUGGGAGUCUGAACAUGGCACAGCUUGGCAACAUUUGAGGAGUCCUCCUUACACAAGCGACAUACAGUAUAUACAAAUUUGUCAUAUUGCAAGGGCAUCGCUUGAACAUGUUACAAAUCUUUUCAGUUGCGUUUAGGUCUGCGCUGUGGCCGGGACAUUCCAACCCUUGAACUCUUUCUAUUGUUGCCGCACAUGUGAUGUUAUGCUCAAAAAGGUGAUAAUUCACUUGAGUUAAACUAAAACGUUCUCACUGGACUUGACUGUACACAUGGACAACAAUAUAUUUUACGAAAAUGUCUGAAGAGCAAAUUGUAACACUGUUUUCCUCUUUUUGUGACUUUGUUGAACCUUUUUACAAAUUGUUCUGUCUUGAAUGAUUUCCACCACGUUUGAAAGUACAGCAGAUUAAGCAUUUGCCUGCUGUGUUCACUGGAAUACUUGAUUUAAAUGGGUGCCAUGCAAAUGCAAUACAAUAUGGAUUCCUGCUGGGUCAACUUAUUGAGAGAAAUUAUAAUUCCCACAUGCAGUGCGUAGCCAAGCAUUAGCAGCUAAUUCACUUUUUAUUUGCCUCGCACAGGAAUUUGCUCAUGUUGCACAUUGUUAGCUUGUUCACAGCAGGGAGCCUUUGGGACAAAAUGCGUCGUCAUAAUGCUGGCUCACUUGUUUUUAUCUCCUUCAAAGUGCCAUUAAUGGAAUCAUUUCAAAGUUUUUCACAUUGCGGGCCUUUGAUUUGGUUGUUGAAACCCAACGCAGACUGAUUAAAAGUCACUUUUCAC